AUGGCUUUCUCGCUCUCUGGACUUCUCAACCCGGAACCGUCAAACCCUCUCAGCGCCGCAUCUGAAUCUGCAGCGAUGGAAACCACCGAGCCCGCUGCGCCUUUCUUUGCGCCCGAACUGUUCCAGCCCGACGAGGACGCGCCCCUCGACCAAGAUGCCUUUGAUCGCAGAGCGCAUAUGGAGGACACAAAAAUGGAUGACGAACCCCUAUUCCAGUCUGCCGGGAUCGUGGACAACUACGAUGGGGUGAACGAGGGAGACCACGUCAAGCAAGAGACACUAGACACGUACCCUCCUCUCGACGGCGAGGCGGCAGACUCUUCGAUGAUGGACGUGGUAGAAGAGAGCUUCGAUGCAGAAGAGAGCCCGGCCAAGGACAGAAGUCAGGCCCCAAAACAGCGAAAACAUCCAGGGAAGUCCCGCAAGGUCGAUCCAGAGGCACCGCCCAAAUCCUCGGUCCACUCCUCGAAAAACGAAGGGCAGCAUACUGAUCGGAGAUACCUCUGUUACCUCUGCCACAAACUCUUCACCAGGCGUCGCUCUGUCCGAGAUCACAUCUCCAAGAUCCACAAUCUCAAGACUUGGGAGCCAGUGCGGAGCCUAGAGGUCGUUGUCGAUCCCAUUUCCGGCGAACCCAUUGAACCGCUUGAAGACAUCAUAGCCAGAGGGCCGCCCCCUGCACCUGCGAAGCCACCCAAGCCCGAGAAAGCCAAAAAGUCGGCCAAGGGUGAGGAAGAGGAGGAUGAACAUGGGGAAGAGGAGCACGACCAUGGAGACGAGCAGGCCGAAGAACAACAAAGCCUUCCCGUCCGUCCGACGCCUCUUGUCGAAUCUCCUGCGCCGCCAAUUGCGGUUGCGACCCUGAAGAAAGAACCAUCGGUUGCCGGGUCAAGGGCGUCUUCAACUGAACCAUUCGCGACACCGGCGCCCGUCGCGGGCAAAAAGCGCCCAGCUCCUGAUGACGUUGUCAAGCCUAUAUCGGCUGCGGCCAGGAAGAAGGGUACAGCCAAGGUGAAGAGCACGCCCAACAAGAAGCCCAAGCUUAGCGAGUCAGAGCAGAGUCCACCUGCGUCGCGGUCGACUUUCCGAUCGCCCAGCGCUACCCCAUCUUCCCAUCAGCUCAAGCCACCGCCCUCCAGACUCAAGAAGCAAACGUCAGCCGCCAGCGUCCAGUCAUCGCCGUCCCGAGCUUCCUCUCGUGCUGCCUCCCGUGAGGUUUCGGCUUCUCCAUCUGAAGCCGAGACGGCAACAAGCUCAAAUGACGACGGUGAGGUAUUUUGCAUCUGUAGGAAAGGUGACAAUCAUACCUGGAUGAUCGCUUGUGAUGGUGGUUGCGACGAAUGGUUUCAUGGCAACUGUGUCAACAUCAGGGAGCGUGACGGUGAGCUGAUCGACAAGUACAUCUGCCCGACGUGUACAAGACCGGGUCUUCAGACAACGUGGAAGCGUAUGUGCCGGCGAAAAGACUGCCGAAAGCCCGCUCGUGUCACCCAGAUUCCACCCAGCAAAUACUGCUCCGAUGCAUGUGGACGCAUGUUUUUCGUCGAGUUGGUACAAAGAGGCGACUCGCAAGCGCAGACCACCAAGAACGGCGAGUAUGUUGUCGAGGCGCCCAAGCCGAAAAAGCAUCGCAAGAAGCACACGCAGGAAAAGAAACCCGCGAGACCCGUUUCGCAUCUUGCCAACGGUCUAGAUCCAGACAGCCGCCUCGCCACCCCAGCCUACAGUGACGAGGAGAGGACGGAGUAUGAGACGGACAGCAGUGUCGAUGAUGACAUGCUGCCCAAUCGCGGCGGAGCUUUACGAGCUGGCGAGGUCAAAGCAUUGAUCGAGAGGUGCAAGAACAUCGAAGAGUGGAAAGCGCUGGGCAGGAAGCCGGAUACGCCACCCCGCGACAUGGGCGUGGACAUGGACAUGAAAGAUGCCGGGGACAUGAAGCGGGCUCCACCAAGUUUGGAGUACGACGACUUGGAAUCUGCGAAAUUGGCCGGUAUCGAAGCGGAAAAGUCCCGGCUCAAUGCUCUAAGUGAAGUGCUUACUGCCCGAGAGCAGUUUCUGGAGCUGAUCAAGGCACGCUCGACUGCCAUUACGGAAGAAGUUCGCAAAGCACAACCCAAGAUGAAAGACCUAUGCGGAUUCGACCCGCGAGUCGCGUGGUCGGACGAAGAGUUCUUGACCUGGUACGGUCAAAAAGGCGGGAAAGCCACCCUUGGUGCUGGCGCGGAUGCCAAAAUCGGACCACCGGACGAUCCGGACGACAACAAACUUCUGAAUGGCAAUGUCCAUCCAGAUGACAACAUGGCCAUGCUUGACGAGGACGAUGAAAGUGACACGAUGCCCAAGAAGGGCGGCGUGUGCAUCAAGAACCGAUGUCCCCGGCACAGGAACUGGGCCAAGGGGCAGCUGGCCGAAGUCAGAUUCGAGCAAGACCUAGUGAGAAGGGCGUUGCAGAGACAAGAGGACUUGGAAGAGGAACUCAGGGGUAGGGCUGUCGUUAGGGCGUGGGAGAAGAGAGGUUGA